CGGCCGAUCCGUUUCCACAAUUCCACCUCGCCAUCCUAGGGCUAGCUAGGGCUCCGAUCGACGCGGUACUUUCGAACCGGCGGCAGCGAGCGAGAGGGAAGGAUCAGGCCAUCGUCGGCCAUGUCCGCGUGCUCCAGGGCUCGAGGCGCCGUCCUCCGCGUCCUCGGUGGCCUGAGGCGCCGCCGCCCUCCUCCUGCGAGCGGAGCGGCAGAUCCCGCGAGUCCGGUCAGGAGGAUCCAGAUGCUGGAAGAGGAGCUCCGUCCGUUCGGGGGAGAGAUCUCGCGGAUCCUCCAACGCGCGCGCGCCAGCUUGGAACGACAAGAGGAGAGAUUUGAUCCUCGCGCAAAGAUGCCGGAAUUGUUUCGUAAUGGUCCAGGUUGGCAGUUAAAUACCCUUUUACUAUGCCUCUUCUCAUCAUAUGCUGCCAACUACAAGUACAAUAAGGAGGUCGCUUGAGCAGCUGGCCUUGCGUUCCGGGGAAGAGGUACCGAGACGGACCAUCGACUAAACACUAAAUGUUUGCAUAUAACAGUAAACGACUAAUUUAUGACCUUGCACUGCCAAAUGUGUGCAAUGAGCGUUAAGUAGCUGAGUAAAGCCCAUGAAAUUGGAAGUGUCUCAGCUAGUCAGCUACUGCCUAUGAAGUUGGAAUUCAAUUGGAAUUGUCUAUUAACCUUGUUUUAUGGAUUUUUUCCUCGUUAUAAUUGGGUAUGCAAGAGGUAUUUACCAUAAAAGCAUACCUACUUCGUCAGGGUGUCUAUAUUCAUCCCUAGAAUUAGUUAUAUUUAAUUAUUUUUUUAGACGUAGGGAGUAAAGUACAAUAUGUAUCAUGACUUUUCAAGACGUUCAAAUCUUAAUUCUCGCAUCUUAGUGAACGAUUAGU